AUGUCCUUAUCGACAAAGAGGCUAGCUGAACGGUUCCAUAAAAAUCCCAAUAGGGCAGCUUCCACUGGAGGGCAAGGUGCUACCGAGAAUGCGGCGGGACAACCAACAGGGAAUGCAGGUGUUCGAAGCGUUGUUCGACACAAACUCCGUUUGCGGCACACAUCUAUCCAUCAACGGGGGACGUCGCACGACGUCCUCAUAGAGAAAAAGGAUAAAGAAGAAGCACUUCGUGCCGAAGAAGAAGAGAAAAAGAGAAAAGCGUCCGACAAGGCCAAGGCUACCGCUGAUGAAUUGAUUCAGGAGAAGGGUCCAGACGAGGCCAAUGUCACAGUUAGCGAGACGCCGCCUGUAGACCCCUCUGCUUCAAAGGCGUCGCUUCAUUCUAAAUCAAGCAAGAAGGCAACGACGUCGAAAUUGAUGGGUGCCCUUACUUCUGCUCAACCUGAUGCAAUCAAGAUUGAUGCCCCAGCCAAAGCAUUGGUGGACAAGAAUGGCGACGGCGAAGCAGACUCGGAUACUGACGAUGACCUGGAAGAGCAUGCUUUCGAUCAUCCUUCCAUCUAUAUGGACCAACGGUGGAUCUGGAUACCCAAGUGGGAGGCUCAUCCUGAACUCUCAGAGGAACUCGUCAGGGAAAUCAAGGAGCACAAUGUGGACGCGGCGGAUGUUGGGGCUAUUAUUGAUGAAGGUGGGAAUGUUAGUGUCACAAGGGGGCCACCAGACGAGGAUUGGAGUGGUGGACAUGACCGUUAA